AUGAUUUCGCAAAUGUUAUCGCCACAGAACGAUCAGCGACAAGCAGCCGAAGCAUUGUUCACGGAGGUCAAGAAGAAUGCGGACGUAACAGCUACAAACCUGAUUGGGCUCCUCAGACAAUCCCAAGACAUGGAGUCGAGGGCCUUCUGCGCUGUCAUGCUGCGUAGGGUCCUCACGAAAGAUGAGCCAUCGCUGUGGCCACAAUGCAGCCCUGCAGUCCAGGCACUCAUCAGGACAGAGCUCUUGAACUGCAUAAAGGAUGAGAAGGCGCAGACCAUCUCCAAGAAGGUGUGCGACACAGUGGCGGAGCUGGCCAGCGGCACAUAUGAGGAGCUGGGCUGGCCGGAGCUGCUGCCGUUCAUCUUCCAGUGCGUGCAGAGCGCUGACACGCGGCUGCAGGAGAGCUCGCUGCUGGUGUUUGCGCAGCUGGCACGCCACAUCAUGGGCACGCUGCGCCAGUACAUGGGCACGCUGCACGAGGUGCUAGCGCGCACGCUGGCCUCCUCCAGCCAGGACGUGGCCCUGGCCGCCAUGCGCGCCACCUCCAACUUCGUGCAGGAGCUUGAGGAUCCGGUGGAGCGGGACAAGUUCCAGAGCACGAUCCCGGCGCAGCUGCGACUGAUCUGGAACACGCUGCAGGCGGGGGAUGAGGGGGCUGCGCAGGAGGCGCUCGAGCUGUUCAUCGAGAUUGCUGAGGCACACCCGCGCUUCCUGCGCCGCAACCUGCCCGAGAUCGCAGACGCCAUGCUGCAGGUGGCAGAGGCCGAAGAGUUGGAGGACAGCACGCGGCAGCUGGCGGCGGAGUUUCUGGUGACGCUCGCUGAGGCGCGCGACAAGGCGCCCGGCAUGAUGCGCAAGCUGCCCGCGCAGGUCACCCGCCUCUUCCAGUGCCUAGUCACCUUCCUACUCGACGUUGAGGACGAUCCGAGGUGGCACGCGGCGGACAGCGACAGGCACGAGAGCGAGGGGGAGGGAGAGCGGUAUGAGUUUGGGCAGGAGUGCCUGGACCGCAUAUCGCUGGCGCUGGGCGGCAACACGAUAGUGCCGCUGGCGUCCACGCUGCUGCCGGCGCUGAUGCAGGACCCCGACUGGAAGAAGCGCCACGCCGCGCUCAUCUGCCUGUCCCAGAUCGCAGAGGGCUGUGUCAAGGUCCUCACCAAGAACAUCUCCGGCCUGGCCGACCUCUGCCUCCUGGGGCUGCGGGAUGCGCACAGCAAGGUGCGGUGGGCGGCGUGCCAGGCGGUGGGGCAGCUUUGCACGGACUUGGGCCCGGACAUGCAGGAGGCAGAGCACGCGCGCCUGCUGCCGGGCCUCAUGUCCGUCAUGGACGAUUUUACGCAGCCCCGCGUGCAGGCCCACGCCGCCGCAGCCGUCGUUAACUUCUCCGAGAACUGCGAGCAGGACCUGCUUCCGCCGUACCUGGAUGUGCUCAUCCCCAAGCUGCUGGGCUUGCUGCAGAACGGGCAGAAGCUGGUGCAGGAGGGCGCGCUGACCGCCAUGGCCUCCGUGGCUGACUGUGCCAAGGACAAGUUCGUCAAGUACUAUGACCAGGUGAUGCCCCUGCUGCGGCAUAUCCUGUCGAAUGCCACGGACAAGUCGCACGCGCUGCUGCGGGCCAAGGCGCUGGAGUGCAUCAGCCUGGUGGGCAUGGCCGUCGGCAGGGAGCAGUUCCGCCAGGACGCCCACCACGUCAUGCAUGAGUCCUCGGGGUUUGUGGUGCAGGCGCAGCCGGCGGAUGCGGAUGACCCGACGGGCGGGUACAUGCUGCAGGCGGGCGCGCGCAUCUGCAAGAGCCUGGGCGAGGAGUUCCUGCCCUACCUGGGCAUCGUCAUGCCCCCGCUGCUGCACAGCGCCCAACUCAAGCCGGACGUCCGCGUCACCGAGGCAGACUCUGAUGAUGAUGAGGAUGACAACGACGAGGAUAUUGAGACGAUCUACCUGGGAGACAGGAAGUUGAGCGUGCGCACGAGUGUGCUGGAGGAGAAGGCAACCGCCUGCAACAUGCUGUGCUGCUAUGCUGACGAGCUCAAGGAGGGCUUCUACCCCUUUGUGGAACAGGUGACGGGGAUCAUGCUGCCUCUGCUGAAGUUCUACUUCCACGAGGAGGUGCGGCAGGCCGCGGUGCAGUCGCUGCCAGACCUGCUGCGCUCCGCCUUCCUGGCCGCGCAGAAGGGCCUGCCGGGCGCCGACGCCGACUACGUGCGCCGCAUGGUCGACUUCAUCUGGGCGCCCCUCAUGGAGACCAUGGCCAAGGAGCCGGACACGGAGGUGAUGUCGAGCCUGCUGGAGACGGUGGAGGAGAUCAUAGAGCUGCUGGACGUCAGCAUCCUGCCCAUCGAUAAGCUGGGCGUCACCUUUGAGCGCCUGUGCGACCUGCUCGCCGAUUCCAUGAAACGCCGCGCUGAGCGCCAGCUGCGCCGCAGCGCCGAGGACUUUGACGAGGAGGAGGCGGAGGCCCUGGAGGAGGAGAACGAGGGGGAGGAGGACCUGCUGGACCAGUUCUCGUCGGUGCUGUCGGCGGUGCUUAAGCGUCACGGGGACAGCGCGAUGCCGCUCGUGGAUACUUUGCUGCCGUCCCUAGCACCGCUGCUGGAUCCGCAGCGCACGCCCGAGGAACGACGCGUCGCCAUCUGCAUCCUCGACGACAUCCUCGAGUUCUCCCCUGCCGGUGCGGCCAAGUACCUGAGCUACUCGCUGCCGCACCUGCUGGAGGGGUGUAAGGACAAGGACGCCAACGUGCGGCAGUGCUCCGUGUACGGCCUGGGCAUCCUCGCGGCGCAGCACCAGGAAGCCUUCCGCCCCACUGUCCCCACCGCCCUCGUCCACAUCCUCGGCAUCGUUACCGCGCCAGAUGGCAGGGAAGAGGACAAUGAGAUGGCGACGGAGAACGCGGUGGCGGCGCUGGGCAAGGUGCUGGAGUUCCACGGGGCCGCCAUAGAGGCGUCGGCGGCCGCGCAGUCGUGGGACGUGUGGAUUAGCUCGUUGCCACUGCGGGAGGACAAGGUGGAGGCCCGGCAUGUGCACGCGCAGCUCGUGCGCCACCUCCAAGCCUCAGACGUCCGAGUGCUUGGGGAGAACAACAAGAACCUGGGCAAGAUUGUGGCGGUGCUUGCAAAGUGCUUGGGCAAGGGCAGCGGCGGAAAGGACAGCUUGGUGGAUGCUGACACGUGGCAGAAGAUUGUGACGCUGCUGCAGCAAAUGAACAGCAGCCUGCCUCCUACGGUGAGCUGCUCACUUUUUCUUAUGGUAGCAUGUCUGGCUGCUCAUGUCGUGUCCUAUGACGCACUGAUGAUGUGGUGUCAUGAUGUGAUCCAUCUCAGUGGGCCAAUAUUGCCUGGUCUGCAGGUCAUGCAAGAGUUCUACAGCCAGCUCAAACCCAAGGAGAGGACGAGACUAGAAGCUGCGUUGUCCGGGCAAGCCGCAUCAUAG